CUAUUAUAAUAUCACACCACCUCUAAUUGCUGACUUUGUGCAGAAUCGACGAAAUUCGGAAAUUUUUAAGAAACGCAAGAUGGAAGUUGACGAGGAAGAAUUCGAGGUUCCCUCCAGCAGCAGUAAGGGCGAAAAGAAACGAUUUGAAGUGAAAAAGUGGAAUGCAGUGGCACUUUGGGCUUGGGAUAUCGUUGUUGACAACUGCGCCAUUUGCCGCAAUCACAUCAUGGACCUAUGCAUCGAGUGCCAGGCGAAUCAAGCAUCGGCAACUAGCGAGGAGUGUACGGUGGCCUGGGGCGUUUGCAAUCAUGCCUUCCACUUCCAUUGCAUUUCCCGUUGGCUGAAGACGCGUCAAGUGUGCCCGCUCGACAAUCGUGAAUGGGAUUUCCAGAAGUAUGGACAUUAAUAAGAACUGGAUGAUGACGAUAAACGCACAGCCAUCCCACAAAAUACUGAUGCGCUGAUCACUCUCCUCUAGCAUUGCAAAUUGUUAUGGGAGUUAUUUAUUCGCUGUCUCCACUCAUUGUACUUCACACACACACACACUCACCAAAACACAUACACCCACACAAAAUAUAUAUUUUUAAGGUUGAAUGCGAAACUU